ACACGUCAACAGAGGCGCGCGGAAAGAGGGCGUGUCCUGAAGCGAGUCCCAGCUUGUCAUUGGUUGUCAUAUGAUUGACGUGCUGACGUGGGCGUGAGCGGAAGUUUGUAAUGAAUCGCUGUUGUGUUUGAGUCCCAGACCAUGAACUACGUGGGUCAGCUGGCCGAGACGGUGUAUGUGACCGUGAAGGAGCUGUAUCGCGGUCUGAACCCGGCCACGCUCACCGGCGGCAUCGACGUCAUCGUGGUUCGUCAGCCUGAUGGCAGCUACCAGUGCUCACCGUUUCACGUCCGCUUCGGGAAACUCGGAGUGCUGCGCUCCAAAGAGAAAGAGUGCAAGCCUAAGACAUGCAGCUCCUGGUUCAGCUCAUGUAACCGCUGUACUCGUCCAUCACAGGUGGAUAUUGAGGUCAAUGGAGAGCCGGUGAGCCUGCAUAUGAAGCUGGGAGAUAACGGAGAGGCGUUCUUCGUGAAGGAGAACGAGGAUUUUGAGACGCGGGUUCCCGCUCACCUCUGCACCUCUCCAAUCCCCACCGAUGUCCCAGAAGUGUCCGAGGUGACCGAGUCUCCCUCCAGCAUCACGUCCUCCUCCAGCCGCCGCAAAAAGCGCCGCAGGAAGCGAGCGCGUUCAGACACGCAUCUGCGAGAGGAGGCCAGUUCCUCCUCAGACGAGAAAGAAAGCCUAGAUCAAGAUUUCCUAAAGGAAGAGUCACCUUUGGCUGCAAGUAAGUCUGUGUACUACUCGCUGACAGAGGAACCCUACGAGGAACCGUCUGUAGCUCAGAGCAGAGACGUUCAUCCUCACUCUGACGGAGAGUGUUCUGUUAAUGAGAGUGUGUUCUUCAGCCGUCCCUCCUCUCCUAAGAGUGAUUCAGAGUUGUGUAAGCCGCAGGAGUCUCUAGGGCCUCAGAUGCAGUGGAACUGGGGCGCUUUUCCCAAGGUGUGUCAGGCGGAGAGGGAUGAAUCUGAUUCGCUGCGAGACCCGCCCAUCAUGCCCUCUGACCACUCCCACUUCCGCACAAUCCUUCGACAAGCGUCCAUUGACGUGGAGAGCACCGACUCUACAGCGACGGUGACCGUAGUGAGACCCGAACCUCAGAUCGGAAGGACCAGCCCUGUUUCAUCUUCGAUUAACACACAACUGGACGUCAAGGUCACCGAAACGCAUCUAGUGACCUUUCAGUCCACAGACGACUCCUUAACCGUCAGCAGCACAGACCAGCACACUCAGACGUGUAAUAUAACCCGCUCUACUAACACAAUGCACGGGACCAGCGCUGUCAGCAGUGCAGCUGGUUCAGACGCCGUGGCUCAUGCAGGAAGCCAAGAAACCUGGGAUGAGAAUAAUGUCUCGUUCACAUCCGAAAUCCAAAACAUCACAUUCGGAGAGACUGAAUCCAAUACGGUUUUAGAAGCAGAAACAGAGGUAGACUCGGCGGACGCAAUCACUGCUUUACCAAAACACCAGAGCUCUGUGGGAGACUCAGAGGAGGGGGCGGGACUAGAGACUUCACAGACCAAUCAGAGUGCAGACGGUGCUGGAGUGACACCAGCUCUGGAGCCCAUCCUCAAAUCAGAGGAUUCGAUGCUUCUCGAGUCCUCGAAAACAGCAGACCCUCAGGACAAGAGGAAAGUCAAGCGGAGUCAUCAUUUGGGACCCUCUGAUAUCUAUCUAGAUGACCUCUCCACUCUUGACCCUGAAGCUGCUGCCCUCUAUUUUCCAAAGAGUGAGACUGAGUCGCCGGAUCCGUCUCCUCCCUCGGGUCAGCCGUCUCCUCAGUCACUGGGCAGCGCUAACGCAGACAGCGGCACUGAAUAUCUGUCCGACUCCACCACAGACUCGCUGGACGUGACCAUGUCUCUGUGUGGGAGAGGAGACAUCAGUCAGAUCAGUAAAGAGAAGUUCAUGGAGCAUCUUGUCAAGUAUCAAGACUUUGUCAGCAACCCUGGAAUUAUUGAAGACCCAAACCUUGUCAUCUGCAUCAACUCAAAAUAUUAUAACUGGGCUGUGGCGGCGCCGAUGAUUCUGUCAGUUCAGGCUUUCCAGAAGACUUUACCAAAGAGCACCAUUGAGCAGCUAGUCAAAGAUAAGAUGCCUAAAAAGUCUGGCCGCUGGUGGUUCUCCUGGAGGAGGAAAGAUCGGAACAAUGCUGCGGGAAGCCAGAAGUCAGACGCAGAGGGGAAUCAGUUUGAAGCAUCGGCCGCGAUCACUGGACACUCUUCACUGAAGAGUUCUGUUGAGCUCUCGAGUGAUGAGGAUGUCUCUGUGAGGAAGAACAGUGAAGCCAUGAACACAGCGCAGUGCAUCAGUCAGAUGUACCGCAAAUCUCUCCGGCUGACCUCGGACCAGAUCGAGAGUCUGAAUCUGCGUGAAGGAGCUAAUACGGUUGUGUUCAGUGUGACCACACAGUAUCAGGGCACCUGCCGCUGUGAAGCCACCAUUUACCUGUGGAGCUACGACGACAAGAUCAUCAUCUCAGACAUCGAUGGGACCAUCACCAAGUCGGAUGCUCUGGGGCACAUCUUACCGCAGCUGGGGAAGGACUGGACCCAUCACGGCAUCGCCAAACUAUAUCACAAAAUACAUCAGAAUGGUUAUAAGUUCCUGUACUGUUCGGCUCGAGCUAUAGGCAUGGCAGACAUCACUAAGGGUUAUCUGCAGUGGGUGAAUGAUCGAGGAACGGUUCUACCCAAAGGACCGGUGCUGCUGGCCCCCAGCAGCCUGUUCUCAGCCUUACACAGGGAGGUGAUUGAGAAGAAGCCGGAGGGGGUUAAGAUCGCCUGUCUCACUGAUAUCAGAGAUCUGUUCAGUCCCGUCACGCAGCCCUUCUACGCCGCCUUCGGCAACAGAACUAACGAUGCAUAUGCGUACAAGGAGGUGGGUGUCCCUGAGACUCACAUCUUCACCGUGAACCCCAGAGGAGAACUCAUACAAGAAAAGACCAAAGGAAACAAGUCCUCAUACUCUCAUCUCAGCGAGCUGGUGGAUCACGUCUUCCCCUUCCUCUGUAAAGACCCUGCGUCCUCCUUCGACUGUCCCGAGUUCAGCCAUUUCUCCUUCUGGAGAGAGCCGCUGCCUCCGACUCACCCCCAUCACCUGAUCUAGACACGGCUUCAGCUCCACACCGAUCAUCUGCUCAGCUCAGCAUUUCUUCUCAUUUAUCAGUGCGUUUACAAAACCGGAGACACACACACACACACACACAUGCAAACACGCACAAUCCGACACAAACACAUGAUAUCUGGGUGGAGAAUGUGCAGUGAUGAUACCAUGACACUACACUGAGCAUCAGAGAAGCUCUUUGGACCCACAGAUAAACACAAACACAUUAAACCGAGUGCCUUCGGACGAACCUGUGCACUGUGACUGUAGUACAGGUCUGGGGCUCUCAUGAAUGUAGGUUCUCUGCCAAAUAAUGGCCGUUUCUAGGGGCUUUUCUAUUAUUGUGUUCUUUUUAAAUACUUUUUUACAAUUGCUGGUUACUGUAAAAGUGUGGGUUUGUUUUAUCAGCAAAUACUUUAUACAGCUGAAUUGUUUUAUUUAUUUUGAACAUUCGAAUGCAGCUAAAACAAAGACAGUCUCUAUAUAUUUGGCUUCUGUUUAGUGUAUUUAAAAGAACAUUGAAACAAUAAAAGAAUCACUUUAAAUGUCA